AUCUGCUCUCUCUGGAUCAGAGUAAAACCUUCUACAAGCCCGACUGGUUCGACAUCGUCGGGUCAGAAGUGAAAUGCUGCAAAGAGGCCGUCUGCGUCAUCGACAUGUCCUCCUUCACUAAGUUUGAACUGAGUUCCACCAACGACCAGGCUCUGGAUCUGCUGCAGCACCUGUGCGCCAACGACCUGGACGUCCCCGUGGGACACAUCGUCCACACCGGCAUGCUGAACGAGCGGGGGGGCUACGAGAACGACUGCAGCGUGGUGCGCGUCAGCAAGAACAGCUUCUUCAUCGUGUCUCCCACAGACCAGCAGGUCCACUGUUGGGCCUGGAUAAAGAAGCACAUGCCCAACGACCCACACCUCCACCUGGAGGACGUCAGCUGGAAGUACACCGGUGAGAAC